CUACAUAUAUAUACAUCAAGUACAAUCAACCCAAGCAUAUAUUCAUCACAAAUGAAUAAAGUGUUAAAACCCUAGAAUUCUAUUCAAACCCUCCUCCAAUUUUCACCUCCGAUUUUCAUUCUCAGUUCUCUCUCUCUCUCUCCCCGAAGUGGUAGGUUUCGAGUAGGUAACAUUUUCAACAAAACCCAUCAGAGCAAAACCCAUUUUCACUUUCACUUUCACUUCUCUCUCUGUCUCUCAGUGUUGUUCGAUUUCGCCACUGUUCUUUGAUAUUGGUUAGUGUUGUUUGAUUUUCUUUGCAAUGGAUUCACAACAACAUCAACAACAACAACAACAACCACCGGCGGGAAUGAUGGUCGGACCACCCAAUUCAUUCAAUUCCAACUUACCCAACACCACCUCCACCACCACUUCGCCGCCGCCAAUUAUGCAAAACCCUAGAUUUCCCUUCAAUUCCGUCGUUUCGCCCUCUUCCAAGCCCAUGGAUUCUCUCAACUCUCAGCACUACGGUGAUGGAUCAUUGAGGCCUUCUGGGUUUAACAUUGAGCCCGCCAGGAAGAAGAGAGGGAGGCCCAGAAAGUACUCUCCUGAUGGUAACAUUGCUCUAGGUUUAGCCCCAACCCCUACUACUCACGCCCCUGUUACCCCUAUUUCGUCUUCUGUUGUGGGUCCGGGAGAUACUAGUGUUGGGACUCAGUCUCCCGAUCCUCCGGCCAAGCGGAGUCGAGGGAGGCCGCCUGGGUCCGGGAAGAAACAAUUGGAUGCUCUAGGAUCAUUUGGGGUUGGUUUUACGCCACACGUUAUAUUGGUCAAGGCGGGAGAGGACAUAGCAUCAAAGAUCCUGGCCUUUUCACAGCAAGGGCCGCGGACUGUUUGUAUUCUCUCUGCAAAUGGUGCCAUCUGCAAUGUCACCCUUCGCCAGCCGGCAAUGUCUGGUGGCACUGUGACAUAUGAGGGCCGAUUUGAAAUUAUCUCUUUAUCAGGUUCUUUUUUGCUGUCAGAAAGUAAUGGUAGCCGCAGCAGGACAGGUGGUCUUAGUGUCUCCUUGGCAGGGUCAGAUGGGAGAGUUUUAGGUGGUGGAGUUGCGGGGAUGCUAAUGGCAGCAACACCAGUACAGGUUAUUGUCGGUAGCUUCAUUGCAGAUGGGAAGAAACCAAAAGUUGGGCCAUCUUCAGCACCACCAGCCAAUAUGUUGAAUUUUGGUGCACCAGUUGCAGCGGCAAGUCCUCCAUCACAAGGGGCCUCAAGUGAGUCAUCCGAUGACAAUGGCGACAACCCUUUUAACAGGUUCUCGGGAUCUUACAAUAACACUAACCCACCCGUUCAUAACAUGUCCCUUGUGUAUUCAUCGAACCUGAACUGGGGAAACUAGAUGUGAUGUGAAGACACUUCCCAAUCGAUGGUACAUUUGUUCGGAGUAUGACUUUGUCUACGCCCUGUAUUUGGAGGUUAGAGAGGUUGAUUCCAAAUGCUAACCCCAGCAAUUUACAUGAGCUCUUUUUCUUUUUCUUCUUGUAGACCCUAGCCUUUUUUUUUAUAAUUUAUUUUCUUUUUUUCUUGUUUAGUGUUUUUCAUGAUGAGUUGGUUCGCGUUUUUAGUUGUUCGUCUUUCAUGACAGUCAGACUGAAAACAUUGGCUAAUUUGUUGAAAGCCGAGGGGAUGAUUUAUUUUCGACAAAUUUAGAAUCUUUCAGUUAUAUAUUGCUCGGAGUGCUUCGUCUCUUGUUACC